UGGCUUUUGCGGGAAAGUGGCGGUACACGGCAGUAGAGCCUCUCUUAAGGCCGUGUGUUUUUUCUGUUCUGCCUGGUACUUCCGGGCUCCAGGCAGCAAGUUCCCCCCCCCCCCCCCCCCCCCCGCUGCUGGGCUCCAUUCGGUUCGGUAAUGGGAGCUUAGAGGCCCCCCGAGCCUGUGGAGUUCAGUCUGCGGCACUGCUCAGAAUUGUUUGCUCAAGAAACGUGGCAGAAGUGUACAGCAGAUUUUGGUUAUUCGGGGGUAUUGCUUCACAUGCCACAAUUUCAGUAUUGAUCACAGCGCACCUCCUCCCCCGGUCCUUUUGGCUUGGGUGGGUGUAUGCUGUGUUGGCCCCUUCCACAUUCCCUAUCCACAUUCCGAUUUCCUUUUAAGAUUCCUGUCUUUAACUUGAAACAACCUCUGCACGCCCGGUGGUGGCUGUUGUAUUGUGUGCUUAGCACACACACGAAUUUGCUUGGCGGGCCCGGCACGUGUUAGAUGACUAGGAACUCCUGCUUCACGCUGCUAAGGGUAGGUUGGACCUGUAUGAUUAAUUGUUCCCGGAGUUGUCGUAUCAUGGCUGAAAAUAACACAGACAGAAACCAGAUUGAGGAACUUUUAAAAAGAGUGCAAGAACUGGAACAGGAAGUGCAAAGACUUAAGAAAGAACAGAACAACGCCAAAGACUCAAACAUUAAAGAAAAUUCUUUAGGAUCUGGAAAGACUAAGCGUACAUUUGACUUCAGUGCGCAUGGCCGAAGACAUGUAGCCCUAAGAAUAGCCUAUCUGGGCUGGGAUUACCAGGGCUUUGCUAGUCAGGAAAACACAAACAAUACCAUUGAAGAGAAACUGUUUGAGGCCUUAACCAAGACUCGACUAGUAGAAAACAGACAGACCUCCAACUAUCACCGGUGUGGUCGAACAGACAAAGGAGUUAGUGCCUUCGGACAGGUUAUUUCUCUUGAUCUACGUUCUCAGUUUCCAAGGGACAAGGAUACAGAAGCUGAACAUUUAAAAGAUGAAACCAAUGAUCCUGCAAAAGAGAUCCGUUAUACCUACAUUCUCAACCGAGUACUCCCUCGAGACAUCCGCGUACUGGCCUGGGCCCCUGUGGAACCUAGCUUCAGUGCAAGAUUCAGUUGUCUGGAGCGCACAUACCGCUAUUUCUUCCCUCGUGCUAACUUAGAUAUUGUAACCAUGCAUCGUGCAGCUCAGAAGUAUGUUGGCACCCAUGAUUUCAGGAACUUGUGUAAAAUGGAUGUGGCCAAUGGAGUGAUAAAUUUCCAGAGGACAAUCCUGUCUGCUCAAGUACAGCUAGUGGGCCAGAGCCUGAGUGAGGCAAAAUGGCAGGAACCUUUCCAGUUAUGUCAGUUUGAAGUGACUGGUCAGGCAUUCCUGUAUCAUCAAGUCCGCUGUAUGAUGGCUAUCCUCUUUCUCAUCGGCCAAGGAGUAGAGAAGCCAGAAGUUAUUGAUGAACUGCUGAACAUAGAGAAAAAUCCCCAGAAACCUCAAUACAGUAUGGCUGUGGAAUUUCCUCUAGUCUUAUACAACUGUAAGUUUGAAAAUGUUCAGUGGAUCUAUGAUCAGGAGGUUCAAGAAUUCAAUGUUACCCUUCUACAACAACUCUGGGCCAGUCAUGCAGUCAAAACUAACAUGCUGUACAGUAUGCUACAAGGACUGGACUCUGUUACCUUGACCUAUGGGACAGGAGCAGAGAUGGAUGACGCAACAGAGUGGAAAGAUACUAAGCCCUCCAUCGUAAAGCAAAUCAGUGCCUUCACAGAAGGAGUGAAAAUGCGCACAUAUCGGCCCCUGAUGGAUCGUCCCAAAUGCCCAGGAUUGGAAUCCCGGAUCCAGCAUUUUGUACGUAGAGGACGCAUUGAGGACCCACAUUUACUCCAUAAAGAUGAAACAAAAGUCAAAAGGGACUGUAAUGACACACUAGAGAAUACUAUUUUGGAGAAACCAACAAAGAGAGUCUGUGUUGAUGCAGAAAUUAAAAACAUAAUUUAAUCAUAGGACCUAAGAAGCAACAAGUAACUAGUGGUAUGUAUGUAAAAGUACGUACAGAAACUUUCAUUGCAAGAAGUCUUAGGUAUUCUGAUCACUUAUUAAAAUAAAGAUAAGGCCUGAUUAAGAAAGUUCUGACAUGACAAGA